CCCCCGUUCACCGUCACACAUCUGGCUUCUUUGAGAGGAUGUUCCAACCUUGUACUGCCAAAGUCUGAGGCGGAAUGUGAAAAGGGGGAGUGGGAGAAAGAAUCGUGAGGGUGAGGGAGUGGAAAACAAGACCAAAACACAACGAAAGGAGAGAAAGAACCCCUCUGCAAGAAGGAUCAAACAGUGGCUGAACACUGAAAAACAGUGACUGCAACAACCAACUCCCAGGAAGAAAGAAUGAGCUAAAAAUAUCAGCUAAACAACGGAAAGAACAGAUAUUAUUCUGGAAAGUUUUCCUUGUUGAUGCAGCAGUCAGUCGAAGCAUGGCACUGUGUCCAUUCUGCAAGCCGCCUUCAGGACCAGUGAAAAUAGCCAGAGUUCAAAUCCUUCUGGGAUGUUUUCUUCUUUUUCUUAUCAUCUACUUCCUCAAUGCAUAUAAAAUUUCUGGCACGUUUAAGUCUUUGGAAAAGGAAAAACUAAGGAUAGUUAAAGAUGUGACUGGAAUCAAAGCCGCAGAACCACAAACUCCUCUAGUGACACCAUGGGGGGCCCCCUUAGUGUGGGGUGACAUCCAUAAAUCCUCCUGGAGAAGGGACAAACUCAUGGAAAAAGGGAUCCACAUUGGCCUUUUGGUGCUGGUGGUGGGAACCUAUGCCCAGUUUGUGCACCGUUUCCUCACUUCAGCCGAAACCUACUUUCUUCCAGAUCAGAUUGUGACAUAUUAUAUUCUCACGGACAAUCCCCGCUCCCUGGACCCUGCCAUCGAGCUGGGGCCCGAGCGACAGAUACAGGUGAUUCCGGUUGCUGAGGUGCCUGGGUGGGACAGGUUAUAUCAUCGCAGGAUGGCUCUUGUGGCCGACGUCAUCAGGAACAAGGUUCGCAGUGAGAUCGAAUACAUCUUCUGUGCUGAUGUUGAUCAAGUGUUUGUUGGCCCAGUGGGGGAGGAAAUCCUCGGAGACCUGGUGGCUACACUACACCCAGAACUCUUUGAGAUGCCUCGAAGUUCAUUCCCCUACGAGGCCACUGAGGAAUCGUCUGCUUUUGUCGAGGAGAACGAAGGGGACUACUACUACACAUCUGAGCUGUGCGGUGGGUCGGUUUCCGAGGUGUACAAACUGGCUCAGACCUGCUCUUUGCUCAUUCUUCAGGACAGUGCAAACAAAGUAACAGCCAGAGGCCUGGAGGAAAGCUACCUGAACCGUUAUCUGAUCGACCACAGGCCAACCCGUGUGCUGUCCCCAGAGUACAGCUGGUGGGACUCGGCUCUCGCUGCCCAUGUUCCUCAUCAGAGACUAAUAUCUAUAGGGCGACAGUGUGAGGCUUAUGACAUGCAGAAGAGAGAGCAACACAAAUGCUAAGCAAAUAAACAAACGCAGCUGGAGAGGCGUUCACCAGUAAAUCAUUGGCGAUGGAGAGAUGGAGAGACAAGAUAGUAAAGAUCUUGAUGACAUUCACAGCUCUCAUUUAAGUGCAACCUCACAAAAGGCAACCUCGACAGUGAAUUAAAGAUCGUUUGCAGUUGGCGGCACCUUUGUGUGUCUGGAGGCUCUCCACGGCCUGUCUCUUUAAACAAAGCACCGUCCUCUCCAUUAAUGUCAGCCUCAGAGAUAUUGUCCCAGCAGCUUUGUGGUCAGCAGCGAUAAGAGUAAACAGUGUAAGUGCACACUCUCCUCACAGUGACCAAUCAUUAACUAGAAGAGUUGCUAUUUCAAGGUCUUUAAAGACCAGGUGGGUGAAAGCAGAAGCAACAUCAUGUCGUCUGUGUCUGCCAGCUCUCAACUGCCCCUGAAAUUAAACAAAAAUCCUAUAAAACGUGUGUCAAGCUGGAAUAAAAUGUAAAGUCAGUUUAGUUGACUGUGGUUGUUUCUGUCU